UGUUGGAGAAACGGAGAGAAAAGAAAGCGCGAGGAGUCGCCGCCGCCACCACCACCACCACCAGCAGCGCCGGAGCCGAGAGGAGAUCGCGGGCCUCGCCGCCCAGCCCCUCCUCCUCCCCGCCGCCAGCUGCCAACCCCCUUCGGGACUUGAUCCAACAAACUAUUAAAACAUGGUGGAUUACUAUGAAGUUCUAGGUGUGCAGAGACAUGCCUCACCCGAGGAUAUUAAAAAGGCGUAUCGUAAAUUGGCACUUAAGUGGCACCCGGAUAAAAACCCUGAAAAUAAAGAAGAAGCAGAAAGGAGAUUCAAACAAGUAGCUGAGGCAUAUGAGGUGUUAUCAGAUGCUAAAAAACGGGACAUCUAUGACAAAUAUGGAAAAGAAGGAUUAAAUGGUGGAGGUGGAGGAGGUGGAGUUCAUUUUGAUAAUCCAUUUGAAUAUGGAUUCACAUUCCGGAACCCAGAUGAUGUCUUCAGGGAAUUUUUUGGUGGAAGGGACCCAUUUUCAUUUGACUUCUUUGAAGAUCCAUUUGAGGACUUUUUUGGAAAUCGAAGAGGGACUCGUGGAAACAGAAGCAGAGGUGCAGGACCCUUUUUCUCUGCCUUUGGUGGAUUUCCAGGUUUUGGGAGUGGACUUUCUUCAUUUGAUACAGGAUUUACUUCAUUUGGUUCAAUGGGGCAUGGAGGCCUUACUUCAUUCUCUUCUACGUCAUUUGGUGGUAGUGGGAUGGGUAACUUCAGAUCCAUAUCAACUACGACUAAAAUAGUAAAUGGCAGAAAAAUCACUACAAAGAGAACUAUUGAGAAUGGUCAAGAAAGAAUAGAAGUUGAAGAAGAUGGCCAGUUAAAGUCCUUAACAAUAAAUGGUGUAGAAGAUGAAGAUGCCUUCGCAGAGGAGUGUAGCCGCAGAGGACAGAAUGCCCUGCCUUUCCAGACCAGUGCUCGUUCUCAGAAGAUGAAUCGGCCUGCUCCCUCCAAACCUGUGCCUCAAAAUGUUUCUGAGGAGGAGGAGCAGGAUAAACCUCGGGUCAGCAGCAGCUGGGAGUCCCCCAUAUUCUUAGCAGGACACAAAGAAGGUGGCAAGAGGAAGAAACAGAAACAGAGAGAAGAGCAGAAGAAGAAGAAGUCGACCAAAGGGAACCAUUAAAACGGACUUGUCAGACGCACCAGUACCUUUUUCCCACCAUAUGAUCCUAUAACAUUUGAACACAUCUCUGUGUGUGCGCGUGUGUGUAUUGUUUUGGUUGUACACAUUGUUAGACAGAAGACAGCUCGUGUUUGAAUAUUGUACUAAAAUUGCACUAUCACAGUUUCUCGGGAGACUCCGGACAUUUUAAGAAUGGGUUGUCAGGUUAGAUAGGCAGGAACACUGCCAGGUUAGUGAUUGGUGGUUUGGUGAUGUGUGAUGUGUUGGUGAUUUGGAAGAUCGUAGAUGUUCUUACCUUGUGUCCUUCCCCCAUGGGGGCUGAGUGCCACCCCACUGAGGGUUUUCCUCCAGGUCCUACUGUUAAACCUCUGUCUCAUUCUUUCCAUCCAUGCGACUCUCCUACAGACUGCUACAACAGAACGAGUAAGCCCAAGCCCUAAUGAACCUAACCCGUGGUAGGCAUGGGCUCCCCAAGGAUCUGCCAAGUGACCCUUUCUCCCUUAUGGAGGUGGAACAUAUUAGCAAGACCAUUAUAGAUGGCAAACUUUAAGAAAACUAAUACUGUGAGUUAGACACUGAAUCAUGGAGAAGGUACUUUGUCUUAUGGAGAAGAGAACCAGGCCUGGGCCUAGAUAGGUCUAGGCCUCUGGCUUUGUCUCAUCAUAGGUGCUGCCAAGUGACCAGUGAAUCACCGGUGAAAUCAUUCAUUCCUUACGUUCAUUAUGACCUUCAUUCCCAAACUGUCCAAAUUCUACUUUUAAAUUAUGUUCUUUUUUGGAGGGGGAGGGGAUGCAGAAUCUCCCCUAUAUUUUAUUGUAUUUAUGAGAUUCCUUUUCAGUGGAAGUGCAGGAUUCUGCCCCAGUAAUCCUUGUUCCACAGGGAUAGUUUGACUCUUCUCAUGUGGGGUCAUGAUGAGGGGAAGGAAUAAGCUAGUUUAAAGUGACAUCUGCUAUCCUGAGUGAAUAGGCUGAGCUGACUUUGCAAACAUUUUCUUCAUUAAAAAAAUUUCAUUUCUUUUUAAUCUGGCAGGAUCACUUUCCAGCUUCCUGUAACUAUUUCAUUUGCAUGACCUUACUGCUCCUUAACCUUUUUUUUUUUUCCUUUGAGCACGGACUAGAAUCCUUGUAUUGCCUUAACUUGAUUCCUUGCAUGUUCCUUGGCAGUGAAUUCCUCUUUUCCUCUUAACACCAGGGCCUCUGGGUCGCACUGGUUUGUUCUUUUGUGUCUUUAAAAUGUAGUUAUUGUGAAAUCUUUGAUGUGAUUGGGGGGAAAAACCAAUAGCUUCCAUCUAGCACUGUUGAAGGCCGAGCUCUCUGGUAAAAUUCAACAUGCCGAUGUGCUGUAACAACGUCCUGAGCUUCGGAAGCCAGAAUACAAAUGUAGCCUCUGCUUGUAUGAAAUGAAUGUUAAAGUCAUGUUUUUAAGGGCCUUUUAUUGGAGGUUAAUUUAGAACCCUGGGAUGGCUUAGUAUUUAUGCUUAUCGUGAAAACUGUAACCUUCAUAAACAUUAAGAUUCUUUUCUUCAUAUGCUGGAUAUUUUAGGUACUACAUAUGUGAAACAUUAAGAUUUAGCAUAGCUCUUCUGUCGGUCACUUGAUAAGUGCCACUAAAUUGUUUGUGCUGUGUUACUAAUAUUUAAAAAUAAAAGCAGUUCUCUUCA